GGGGUCGCUGCAGAGAGUGUGCUGCGCGCAGACGCACCGCCAUUUGGAUCCACCCCUCCCCAUUUCCCCGGCUGCUGCUGCUGGUGGUGCAUCCCACCUCAGCGCUCCAGCCUCUUUCCCUUCCCCUUUUCCUGGGUCGCCACACAGGUACCGGAGGAAGCCUAAGGUGGAGUUGCUGCCACAGAUUGGGUUCUGGGCCUUGUUGCUGCUGGUGGUCUCGGGCUGAGUGGUGAGGGGGACCCGGCUCGCGUGCUCGUGCGGGGAAGGGGGGCGGCGUGGCCGCGGCGGUUGGCGGGGCAGGGGGGAAGCGGGCCCCGGGACUGCCGCCGCUUCUGCUGGGCCUUGGCGGUUUCGGGCUUCCUCGGUGUUAGGUCCCGAGAACCGGGGUCCCGUGGGGCUGGCGCCGUGAGGCUCUGAGGGAGCUCCGUCGCACAUUGUUCCUUUCUGCCGGGACUCGGUUGUGGCUCGCGGGGUCUAAGGGCUGCAUAGAGGCGCCCUCGGGUUGAGCCUCCUAGUGGAGGAGGAGGAGGGCGGGAAAAGGAGUGAGAGGAGGGGAGCGGAGCGGAGCGGAGAGGAGGGAGAGGGAAAAAAGGGAGAAGAAGACAAGCAUCGCCAGAUAGGGCUCUUCUAUUCUGACCCAAUGGCUGAGGGAAGAGAGGACCUUGUCCCUCUGGCUGCCGAAGAGCAGCAAGGAGCAGCAAAGGCUGAGCCGGAGGGAGAGUUGGCUGAGCAGGAGGAGCAGGAGAGCCUCCUUUUACAGGAUGAGCCUCAUGGAAGUGCUGCUGCUUCUCCGUUGUCCGUAGGAGAAGUCGGCAUUGUAGAGAGUAUACAGCUGGAGAACUUUAUGUGCCAUUCCAGGCUUGGACCAGUGCAAUUUGGGCCCAAUGUCAACUUUGUGGUGGGCCAAAGAGGCAAAAGUGCAUUGCUCACAGCUCUCCUCCUUGGUCUUGGUGGAAAGUCCUUAGGAUCGCCUUUAAAAGAGUUUGUGAAAGAUGGCGAGGCUUCAGCAAACAUCUUGAUCACAUUAAGUAACAGAGGGGAGAAUGCGUACAAACCUGACUCGUAUGGGGACUCCAUAAUUGUGCAUCAGUGCAUCAGUGUAAGUGGGACUGUGAGUUACAAACUAAAAGACCAAUCAGGAAGUGUAAUUACUUCUAAGAAAGCAGAACUUGCAGAAAUUCUUGAACAUUUUAACAUACGAGUAGAUAAUCCAAUGACCAUUUUACAACAAGAGAUGGGCAGGCAGUUAUUGCAAACAAGAAGUGAUGGAGAGAGAUACAAAUUCUUUCAGAAAGUGACCCAGCUUGAACAGAUGCAUAACGAUUACUUAUGCAUUUUGGAGAGAAAAGCCAGGACUCAGGAUCAGAUAGAACAAGGAGAAAAGCAGCUUCUGGAGCUAAAACAGCAGGGCAUCGAGGUAGAACAGUGUUUCCAGAGUAUGGCUGCCUCAAGGAAGAGAUUAGAGGAUCUGAAACAUGAGAUGGCUUGGGCAGUAGUGAAUGAAUCAGAAAGACAAAUUGAAGAUAUGAUAAGUAAUAUAAAUAUUGGAGACCAGGAUACUAUCAGAUUAAAUCAGAAACUGGAGGCAAGUCAGGCCAAAUUUAAUGAAACAACCGAGAAGUUAAAAGAAGUUCAGGAGAAGUUGGACAAGUUAAACAAAGAAACCAUUGAGUUAGAGAUUGAAAGCAUUCAGGCAAGAGACAAUAUAAAUAGAAAGAAAAAGGCCUAUGAGGAAGCUGAAGAUUUAUAUAAUUCUUCCCAAAAUGAAUUAAAGCAAUUAGAGAAGGAAAAAGAACAUUGCAACCAAAUGGAAAACCUGAAAAAGAGUAUGGAGCAAUCAAAGUUAGAAAAACAGGAAAAAAUUGCCAUGUUGAAGGAAGAGUUAAAUAAGUAUAAAGAUCAGGAAAAUUCAUUUUUUGAAAAGUUGGAACACCUUCAGGAAGCUAUAGAAAAAGACAAUGAAGAACAUUCUAGACUUAAGAGAGAAGUAUCAGAUGUGCAGCAAACGCUAAAUGAUAAACAACAACAGCUAAACCACUUAAAAGAUUGUAAAGCUAGUCCACUAAAAAUAUUUGAACCACAAAUUCCAGCCCUUCUUGAAGCAAUAGACAAUGCUGACAGAGAAGGGCUCUUCACUACCAAACCUAAAGGUCCACUAGGAGGUUACAUUCAUCUCCAGGACCCUGAAUUUGCUUUAGCUGUUGAGGCCUGUUUAAAGGACCUCCUUCUUGCCUUUUGUUGUAACACCUUCAAAGAUGAGGAAGUACUUCAGACACUUAUGAAAAGGUUUUAUCCAGUAGGCUCUCCACGACCACAGAUAAUUGUGUCAGCAUUUAAGAAUGAGAUAUAUGAUAUGACAAACAGAGCAGCUCAUCACCCAGAGUUUCCAACAGUUCUCACAGCUUUAAAAAUAGAUGAUGCAGUGGUGGCCAAUGCUUUGAUUGACAUGAGAGGGAUAGAGUCAGUGCUGCUUAUUAAAAGUAACUCUUUGGCUCGUACAGUAAUGCAAGUUCAGGAACCCCCCAAGAACUGUCGUGAAGCUUUUACCGCUGAUGGUGACCAGGUGUUUGAGCGACGCUAUUAUUCAUGUGACAAAUCAAGACCUACUUACUUGAUUGAUUUUGAGGUAGAAAUAAAUCAUUUGGAGAAAGUUGUAGAAAACACAGUGGCACAGUUGUCUGUAUAUCAGCAAUGUGCAAAUUCACUUGAAAAUGAUAUCAGAAAGAAUGAAGAAACUGUUAAUAAUCAUCGUCUGCAUUUAAAAGAAAUAGCAAUUAGAGUAAUAAAAAUAAACAUGCAAAUAAAAGAUCUUGAAAAAGAAGGAACCCAGUCAAUAGGGUUCUCAACUCAGGAAAAAGUUAAAGAAAUUGAAAAACAGAUGGAACAGGUUGAGGAAAAGAUGAAAGUUCAGAUGGAAGAGAUGAAGGACUUAAGACAAGAGAUAAUAGAUGCUGAACAGAGACACGAAAGCAUUAAGAUGAAAAUUCAGCAAGUUCAGGAAUUAUCAGAAUCUUUUAGGCAAGAACUAAGCCAGAUUAAUUUAGAAAUGGACUCUGAAAAACGAUGCCUACGACAUUAUCAAGAUAGACUUAAACACCACACAAAUUCUCUCCAAGUGAAAAAAGAAGAGCUGACCAAGAAAGAGAAAGAAUUAGAGAAAGAGACUGCUCAGGCCAAAUACAUUUGCCCAGAGCGAAAAGAAAUUGAGAAAUCUACUGCUGCUCUUGAUAAAGAAAUUGCUUUUUUAAAACAAAAGAUACAAUCAGAAAACACCCGUCACAGAAGCAGAGAAGAAAUAAUAAGGCAGUUCCAACAAAUAAAAGAAAGAUAUAAUGCUCUAGAUGUUAAAGUGAAGAAUUUAAGAAAUUGUAUUAAAUCACUGGAUCAAACAUCAGUGCAAAGAUAUGAAUUAUACCAGCAAUUUAGAAGAAGUCUUGCUUUACGAUGCAGGUUGUACUUUGACAGUUUUCUAUCUCAGUUGGCCCUCUCAGGAGAAAUAAGGUUUGAUCAUGCACAUGAAACCCUUUCUGUAAGAGUCCAGCGUGGAGAAGGAAAUACAGCUGGUUUGGGUAGCAUAGAGCUGCAAUCAGGGAGUGAAAACUCUUUUUCAAACUUUUUUUUCAUUCUUUCUUUAUGGUACAUCACAGAGGGUCCCUUCAGAUGCCUAGAUGCAUUUGAUAGUUAUUUGGACCCAAGCAGUAGAAGAAUUGCCUUAAACAUGAUCCUCAAGAUUGCACAAUCCCAGCAGUUCCGUCAGUUCAUCCUACUCACUCCACAAAGCCUGAGCUUUCUUUCGCCAAGUUCUCUGAUAAAAAUAAUCCAUGUACCUGAUACUGAAAGAGAACAGAGAACCCUGCAUUUUCGACGAGUUCGUGAAGACGAGGAAGAAGAUUGAAGAUGAUUUAUAAUUUUUUAAAAUAAGUUUUAUUGAUAUUUUCUGGGUUUUUUUUACGUCACCAUAGUAUCCCAUGUAUCCCUCCUCACCAUCUCCCAGAGCAUAUGACAAAUACCAUUUUUUUUUUAGAGGAAAAAGAAAAGGGAAAAGUUAGCACAACUGAUUGAUAUAUAUGUAUAUGAAAACGAGCAAUAUUUGACAUCUCUGGAUCUCCCACCUCCAUGCAGGGCUUUUUUGAGAUGUUUACAAUUUUAUGAUGUUUAUAAUUUAUGUAUGUAUAUAUAAUUUAUAAUGUUUAUAAUUUCGAGUUGUUUGAUAUGUCAGUGGUCUAUUUACAAUGUUAUUGCUGUGUAUGUUAUUUUCUUGUCUCUGCUUACAUCAUUCUAUAUCAAUAUUUUUCCAUGCUUCACAUUUCAUUUUUUUUCACAUUUUAUAAAACCAAACCAAACACUUCCAUUUAUGUUUAGCUUACUUUUCUUUCCAACGACAUAAUAAAUCCUAUCCAUAAGUGUCCCAGCUCCUCCCCAUCCUUCCCGCAUCACAGAAGAUAUCAUCAGGGAGACUAACAAGUACGUAUAAAUUAAAUCAUUCAUAUUUUACCUUUAUAUUUACUUUAUGCAGGUAAUACUCAGUUUAUUCUUCCAGCAUUAAAUCUGUAGCUUUGUAUAAUGUUCUACUCAUUUUACUGUUCAUUAUUGUGUAUAUUCUUUCCAAGUGUUUUUUUUUUUAAUCAGUCUGCUCAUUUCUUAUGGUGCAGUAAUGUUCUAUUGCAAUCUCAUAAUAGUUUAUUUAGCCAUUCCCCAAUUCAUAGGCAUCCCCUCAAUUUUCGAUUAUUUGUCACCAUUAAGAGUUGCUAUAAAUAUUUGGGAAUUUAUAGGUUUUUUUCCUCUUUCCCUGAUCUCCUUGGGAAACAGACAUAACACACAUAUCACAAGACAAAAACAGACAAAAAACAAUUUUCUCAAGAUAUCUGCAGUUGUGUCAAUAUUUCACUACUUUGAAGAAAUAAUUAAUAAUUUAAAGCAUUUCAGAAAUAUAUAUAUAUAUAUAUAUAUAUAUAUAUAUACACAUAUAUAUAUUUCUUCUUCCAAGUGGUAGACUGUAUGGCGAUGCUUUAAAAGAUGAAAAGAGCCAGGAAAUACAUUUCAUGUAUUGUUUUGAAAAAGUAUAGCAUUCAUAGUAUUGGUUGUAAAUACCAUUUAAACUAUCUUUUAUAAAUUCAUCUCACUUAGGAGAAGAUGUAUAACAAGCCUUUUUUUUUUUUAAUGGCCAUAGAGGCUUCUACAUGAGAGAGGCUAAGGACUAGCUUCUAGGAGAAGACACUCUGUUGCCCCGUACCACACAUUGAUGGGUCUUUCCCAUUGGCUGUGUAGUCAGAACAGGCUAUGUCUUACACUCUCCAAACUAGAACAUUCUCACUCUCUUUUCCAGAAAGAAGUGAUAAUCAUUUUCACCCACAGUAUGGGUGACAUGAGCUAAAACAGGGUUAGGGUUUUGUUGUUUUCUCUCCUUGUCAGUUCUAGGUGCAAGUGAUGGAAUCCCCAGACCUGGAAUUGAUCCAUGAUGACCUUGGAAGCAGAAUUCCAGUCCAGAAGGUGCAGCUGGCUCCAACAGAGAAUUCCUGAGAAACCAGGGUGCCUGGGAUUCAAUGCCAAGGGUGGUAUCUGGGCUUUGAACUUGGUGGGAUAUAGAAACUUAGCUAAAAUAUAAACCUAAUCCCUUUCCCUCCUUAGAGACUAUUGUGGGGCGGGAUUCUAUCCUCUCACACCCCCCACUGUGUGUGUAAAUAAGUGGAACUGGCACAUGAGACCUCUAAAAUUGAGGGAACGUAGAUUAGAACCAAUGGUGGAGACUAGACACUUCUCCCAAUCCCUUUAAGGUUAUUGGAAAACCCUUUUGGAGGGAAGAGUGAAAUGUAACAUGCCUGGCUUUGGGAGGGGGUCAGGACAGAGGAUCACUGUUAAUUUGCCUCUGAUUUUUAUGUUAUUUUUGCAAAAUUCCAAUAAUUUUUUAGACAUAAAAAGAAUCUUUUAGUUUCUCUAGAAAAACUAAAAAACUUCUCUAGUCUAAAAACCAUUUCUUGUCACUUUGGAAGGAAUAAAAGAUAAGAACAAAAGGCCAUCCUAAGUAAACUAGAAUAAGAGUAGAAACCAAACAAUCACAGAUUACCUCUAGUCUGGUUCAGAGCAUUGCCUUGCUACUGAAGUGGUUGCCUUAUCAACCUGUUGUUAUUACAGUUGGAUUCUGGAGUGGGUUUAUUGCUUUGGCAUAACUGACUCCAUUUUGUAUUAUGUUGUUUUUCAAUUGUAUCCAGUCCAACUCUUCUGACCCUGUGGAAAGUUCCUUAGGGUUCACUUGGCAAAGAUACUGGAGUGACUUGCUAUUUCCUUCUCCAUUGGAUCAUUGACAUAUAGAGGUUAAGUGACUUGCCUAUGGUCACAGAGCUAGGCAGUUUUCUGAGAAUGGAUCUGAACUCAGGUGUUCCUUAGUUCAGGCCUAGCACUGUCCACUGUCCCACCUAGGAGCCCCAUUUUGAAUUGUACUAUUUUAUGAUAGAAAUAUUUCGGUAUUUGCUAAAGAUAUUGAGACAAACAUGUAUGUUAUGUCUAGAUAAAUGGCAUAUGUGAGUUUAUAAAAACUAUUAAAUACAUAACACCUCCAGAGAGGAUAGACUACUAGUGGCAAAAUUUGUUAAACAAUCUCAUCAUUAGCAUAUCAUCAACUACCAAUCAAAUUAAUUGGCAAACAAAUUAGGCAACCAUUCACCAAUCAGAACAUAGGUUUAACUGAGUAUUACUUAAAGCUAUAAGAAACCAACUGGAGGCCCCAGACUGGGGCUCUCUUCUGGCAGAUGACAAUAAACUUUUAACUUAUUUCAGUUCUGGAUUUGUUCUCUGCCAUGAUAAUUAACAAUUAUGACAUCAAGAAGUGGGGUUCAAUGGUUAUGCUUUCAGAAGCAAGGCCCCAAUUGGCAUGGCAGAGAACCAAAUGAACUCAAACCUUAGGGUUUGAGCAGAACACAACCCUUGGACUCUGCAUAAUGUAGGGUCCUGUGACAAUUUGACAUGGGGAAUUUGGGGUAUAGCCCUGCCCUAGCAUAACUACCAUAACCACCUUUAUUGGCAAAUUAGUAUUCCUAUUGGGUUGAUCAACAAAGGGUUUGGGGUGGCAGAUCUGUCAUCUUUUAAUUCAGUCCAUAUUGCUCUGGCAAAUAUCUUUCUAUAUCUCCUUUUUUCCCUCUUCAUCUUUCCCUCAACCAUCCUGUGGUCAUUAAAAAUAAGCCAGAUACCUGUGUCUGUGACUAUCCUGGUGGCAGCUGCUUUGGUAUCCUGGUGAAUAUGACACUCAUCCAAUAUUCAAAUGGGCCUCCAUUUGAACCACGUGAUCCACUGGGAGGAAAUCUCUGUUCUGUUUAAACUAUUGACCAGAAUUGAGCUAUUCACAGGCCAAAGCCUCCUAUCCCAGCAAUUAGGAAUCUUUUAUUUCUUUUUAUCCUCCCUAACAAGCUCCUCAUAUAAACUUUUCUCUUCUGUGAUUUAUUUGGCCAAGAAGAUUAAAUUGUUAGAAAAAAAUUUUUUUAAACCCAUACCUUCUGUCUUGGAAUCAAUAUUGUGUAUUGGUUCCCAGGCAGAGAAGUGGUAAGGGCUAGAUAAUGGAGCAGGAAAUGGCUGAGGCCAGAUUUGAACCCAGGACUCCUAUCUUUAUACCUGGUUCUCAAACCAAUGAGCCACCUAGCUGCUCCUUGCUGGGCAAGAUUAAUCAAGUUUCUUACUUGAAACAGUUCUCCCAGCUUUCUGUAAUCUAAUGGUUAACUCUCCUGAAAGAUCCUUUCUCUGUCAUUUCAACUCUGAUCAGGUUGAUAUUACAGAGAUAAAAUCAGACAAGCAAAGAUUUUCUUUCUAGAAAGUCUUUUUACUGGUUUAUUAUUCAAUUCAAUUACUAUUUGGGACAUUACAAACUCAUUAGAGACUAAAUUUGUAACAAACAAUACCUUUGUUGUAAAUUUCCAAAUUAUGAAUUGAAGAUUUUUGUAAAUGCUGAAAUAUUUUAAGAAGAAAAUUAGAAUUGGAAAAAUUAAAGCAACUCUGCAGUACCACCUUUCAAAUUGGCUAAAAUUAUCAAAAAAGAAAAUGACAAAUUUUGAAGAUAAUGAUGUUGAAAAAUUGGGAAAUGGUCGAUGGAGUUGUAAACUGAUCCAGUGAUUUGUGAGAAACAAUUUGAAACUUUUUACAGCCAAAGGGCUGUAAAACUGCUUACACUUUGAUCCAGUAAUGCCACUACUAAGUCCAUAUCUCAAUGAGAUAUGGACUUAUAUGUUAAAAAUGAUUUAUAGAUGGUGUUUUUGGUAGCAAAAGAAGUGGAAAUUAUGGGAAUGUUCAUCAGUUGGAAAAUAACUGAACAAGUUGUACAUAUUUGUGAUGGAAUGUUAUUUUGCUCCAAGAAGUGACAAAGACUGUUUUUGAAAAACAUGAACUGAUGCAAAGUAAAAUUUGCAGAACAAAGAGAACAUUCUACAUAGCGACAACAAGAUCACAGUAACAACAACAAGAUCACAGUAACAACAGCAAUCUGUGAAUGACUUAACCAUUCUGACCAAUACAAAGGACAACUCCAAAGGACUUGCCAUGAAAAAUGCUAUCCACUUCCAAAGAGAGAACUGAUGGAGUCUUGAGAGCAUAAUUUUUUCACUUUGUUUUUCUUGCUUGUAUUUUGUUUGCAAUAUGACUAAUGUGAAAAACAUGUUUUGCAUUAUUUCCCAUGUAUAAUUAGUAGCACUUUUUUGCCUUCUCAAUGGGUGGGGAAAGGGGGAGAAAAUUCAGAACUCAAAAUUUUUAAAAAUAAAUUUAUUAAAAAAAGAAAUGAGAAAUCGUGAAAAGAUGAGAAUGUGAGACUGCCACCAUAAAUCUUUGGAAUGGAGCUAGCUGAAAAUAGCUCUAUAAUUUGAGAUAUUAGCAGCCUUGAAAAAAUUAAAUGAUGCUACUUAAUGACUGAUUAUAAAUACAAAUUUGAUUUCAUUGAAUUUCUCCUGACACUUAAUAAUAUAGACACAUUUGAAAUGAGAUGUGUUCUUUUGUUAGGUUAAUUGUAAUAUUUGACUAUGGAUAGAUCAAACCUUAAUGGAAAAUACAUCUGAUAUUUGGCAUUAAGGCAAUAUAUUUAGAAACUGCAUGAAUAAGAAUUAAAAGUGUAAUUACAUUAGUUUUUUUGAAUGCAAUUAGUACAGAAUGCCAAAUGGAUAAAUGGAUGAAGUGAUUUUUCUAUGUAAGAUGAUUCUGAAAUGCAUUCAACCAAAUUGAUCUUAUUUAAUUGUUGUUGGUAAUAAGUUUUGUGUUAUGUUUUCAAAAUCCAUAAUUGUGUUUAUGUAUUUGUUAGUCUUAAUUUUUCCUGUAUUGUGAUUUUGGGGAAAUCAUUCUGUAAGAAAUACUAUUAAUUUGAAAAGAUGCCUAGCCAUGAAUAACUGAGAUCAAAUUGCUUACCAUCUCUGGAAAGAGAGGGAGAUAGACAAUUUGGAUCUUAUAAAUUAUGCAGAAAAUUGGUAUUACAUAUAAUUAGUAAAGUAAGAUAUCUUUUAAAAAAGAAAAAGAAAAGAUGCCUAGGGAGUAAUACAACUGUAUAAUUGGAAAAUUAAAUUUUGAUAGAAACUGUUAUGUUUUUUGAAUCAAAUAUUUUAUUGGGUGCAUUUUGCUUUAAAAUGAUUAAUAACUUUUGUAAAUAUCUGUGAAGUUCUUUGGGGAAUUGCCAGAUUUUCUGUUUCCUGGGUUAUCAGUUUUAGUGAGAUUGUAAAAUCGUAUUACUUUAUGAGAGAAGUUGCUAAAAUAACAAAGUGUUUUAAUGGGAACUUGUUUCUCCCACAACUGAGGGUUUACAAGUCUAUUUUAUAAAAUGUGAUUUGUAUUUAAUAGAUUGAAUGUUGUUUAUAGAAAUUGCGAAAGUGCACCUGGGAUAUAUGUAUUGACGUUACUUUGAGCAAAUUUAGUAUAAACAAGUCUAAGAUUUAUUUUUGUCUUAGGGGGGUUAAUGUGUAAUACUUUCAGAUAUGGAUAUCGGUCUGCUUUAAGAACUAUGGUAGUCAUUGUUCUGUAUUUUGAGUGAAAUGUGAUGUAUUCUCUGUUAUGUGUGUAAUCACAGAAUGUGAUUAUUUUCUUAAUUUCAAAUGAUUGAUUUCUGUUCCAACAUGGAUUUAAAUUGGAAAGAAUGAUAAGGCUUGUAAGUGCUUUUUGUUUAGUAUUAUUGCAACAACAUGAAAAAAAUUCAAGAGAAUAUAAUUAGAUAUUUUUCAGCUUUCUGAUUUCAGGUAUGAUUGUCUGAUUUGUCAUUCAGCCAAUAAUUCAACAUUUAUGGGAAAUGCCAUGGGCUGCUUAUAGGACCUGCAGUCUGAAACUGUUACCGGCGGAUGUAUGUUCCUGGGAAAGUUGAGAGGACGACCUUGCUAAUGCAAUGGGCUGCUUAAAGGACCUGCAGUCUGAAACUGUUACCGGUGGAUGUAUGUUCCUGGGAAAGUUGAGAGGACGACCUUGCUAAUGCAAUGGUAGGAUCCUCUUGGCUCAAUUUCCUGUUUUGCAGUUUUCUUCCUAAAAAGGAAAAUUUCCUACCUGCUUAAUCCUGAGCCUGGCUACGAUGCUCUGAAUAAUGUUGAGCUUUGCUUCAUGGUUGGCUGUUCCAAAAUUAAAGUUAACUAUGACUCAUACCUGUAAUCAGACACAGCUAAAUAAAAUUUGUCCUAUUAUGUUCAUCAGAUCAGUCUGUACCCUUGAAGGGACAAUCUUUGGGCUGAAACAGUAAAGCUCUGUAAUAAGAGCAGAUGAACUAUGUGAUGAAUCAUGUUGUUGCAAUACUAAACAUUUGAGUUUUUGUAAUGGAAUGCAGGUAUGAAAGAUCUUACUGUUUUUUUUUUAAUUUUACUCUUCUGAAUUUGUGAUCACUUCUAUUCAUUUAUAAGUUAGGUUCUUAAAGUAUCUCAUUCUUUCUGAAUGAUGUGAGGAUAAUAUUAAUCCUCGGGGGGGGGGGGCUGGCCAAUUAGGAUGAAGAUGUAACUGUAAUAAAGAUGUAAAAAUUUUAAGUUUCAAAUUUUAUGUAAAAGUUUGAAAAUGUAUUGGAGUGAUAAAUUUCUUCAUCUUGAGAAAAGCAACAAAGUUAGAUUUUUUUCUCUAAGCACUAAGACAUAUAUGUUUGGCUUUCAGUUGUUUCUAUCAAGACCAAUGAUAAAAGGACAAAUAUAAGUUUAUUUCCAUAAGGUGUGAACUGUUUUUUUCCACAUGAAUUAGAUACUGAAAAACCAAAUUUAACAGAAACAUCCCUACAGAACUUCCUUUGGAAUGAGGCUUGUUCCAGAAUUUCCAAGGAAUGUUUCCCAGUAUCAGAUGGCUACAUAGGAUAGCUGAGACCCAAAACAAAAUAAUCUGAUUAAAUUUAGUUUGUAAACUGACUUAGUUUACCUAUAGAUUGCUAAACUAGGUUAGUUCAAUUUUUAUGAUAUUAAAGGAAGCACGGGAUUGUAAAUUUGUCUUUUUAAAAAAAAUUUUUUUGUGAUACUUGUGGCCACAUAUGGUCUUUCAAUGUAUGGAAAAAUAUUCUUUGACUGUUUGAACCUCGCCCUGCGUGGCUGAGAAAUAAGAUUUGUUGCUUAACGACCAGAUUUGUUUAAUCCUGAGCUGUGAACCUGGGUUAUGAUCACCUGAAACCAUUCAGUUCUUUUUUCUUGUUCUUUAGUUUGAAUAUUGUACAGUGUGUAACUUGGGGGUGGGGGGAGCAGGGAGGAAUAGGUCACCCCUUCUUCAAUAUAACCUGUCAGACAACUUAAUAAACUUCUUCAUAAAGUA